AUGGCAACCUCUGCAUUAGCAGACCACGUGCUCUUAAUAAGCUCUAAUCAGGAGAAUGAAUUGCUUAUCGUUGAUGCAUCCACUGGGAGUCAAUUGUACUGUUUUAAAAAUUGUCGAUCGGCACAAAACGGCGUCCACGCAAUGCCUCGAACCGACCAUUUAAUAGCUGUACAGGAGGGCAAAUUGGCUUUGAAUCUCUAUAAUUGGGGCAAAGACAUGCCUGUGUAUAAGUGCCACGUGGCUGAGAAGAUGGGGCCUGUCACAACCUCAAGCUGUGGCAAUUUUCUCUUUGCAGGUGCAGAAUCAGGCAAAGUUUACGUCUGGGACGUUAAAACUGGAGAGUUAGUGACCGUAUUCGAUGCUCAUUACAAGCGCGUAUCAGCACUGGGAUUGACGUCGGAUGAUUCACAUUUGAUUACAGCUGGCGAAGAUGCUUUAGUGCAUGUCUGGAAACUGGUACACUUGCUGGACGAACCGAAUGCCGCUACUAGCUUUCAGCAAGGUGUGACCCCUCUUGUAAGCUUUACGGACCACGUACUUCCUGUCACCUCGCUGCAUGUUGGUCUCGGUGGUGUAAAUGCCCGUAUUUAUACGUCGUCUCUGGACCGCACGUGCAAGAUUUGGUCGCUCAAUUCGUCUCAGUGUAUAUAUAGCGUGUCCUGCCCGUCCUACGUCAAUUCAUGCGUUGCAGACCCCAUGGAGCAGCGUCUUUACAUGGGCUGCGGCAAUGGCCGAAUCUACGCGUUGGACUUGAACGCGGCUGCAACUUCCGUCACUGCUGCUUCAGCACGCAUUGCUAGCGCUUCGACAGGUCUGGUUGCUGGCAACGGCGGCAACGUUUCGCCGUGGGGCCCGGAGGCUUUGUUACCGGAUUCGUUCGAUGGCCAUGAAAGCAGUGUCACCACGUUGCAGAUUCAUGCCAGUGGUGCAUUUCUCGUGUCCGGAGACGUAAACGGUGUUGUGCACGUGUGGGACUGUCUAAGCCGCCAGUCGCUACGCACCGUCAAGCUAUUUAAAGGUAAGAUAACUGCUUUGGUGCUGUGUCCUCGCCCGCGACACCUUUUCCGUCAGGCAAAGACACCGUUCACUCUGGAAAACGAGGACCUUGACGACAUGAUGGCCACUCCGCUCCCUGUUGCUCCACUCAAGAAGUAUAUGAAUACCACUAAUGACAACUAA